AUGCCCUGUGUGCACUAUAAAUUUUCCUCUAAACUCAACUAUGACAUGAUCGUCUUUGAUGGGCUCCAUAUCUCCCUGUGCGACUUAAAGAAGCAGAUUAUGGGGAGAGAAAGACUGAAAGCUGCCAAUAGCGAUCUGCGGAUCUUCAACGCAGAGACGGAAGAAGAAUAUACGGAUGACAAUGCGCCAGUUCCUAAAAACACAUCUGUCAUUGUCAGAAGAAUUCCUCCUGGAGGUGCUAAGUCGGCCAGGAAGACAUACGCUCUAAGUCGAACUGAACCAGUGACGGGAACCAAACAGGCCAGCGCUGACUCUUCUGCAUCUCUUUCUCUGGCCCAGCUCACAGAGACUGCCAAUCUGGCUGAAGCCGAAGCUUCGGAGGAAGACAAAAUCAAAGCGAUGAUGUUGCAAUGUGGCCGUGAAUACGGCCCAAUGGGUUCCGUGAAGCAGCCUCUAGGUCCACCACCUCCGUCUUAUACCUGUUUUCGUUGUGGUGUCCCCGGUCAUCAUGUUAAGAGUUGCCCAACAAAUGGGGAUAAGAACUUUGAGACUGGCCGGAGAAUCAGAAGGAGCACUGGAAUUCCUACAAGUUUUCUGACUGAGGUGGAAGAUCCUAACGCGAAGGGUGCACUGCUUAUGAGCACUGGAAAAUAUGCAAUACCAACCAUGGAUGCGGAGGCCUAUGCUGUGGGGAAGAAAGAGAAGGCACCCUUGUUACCAAGGGAACCGUCGUCAUCUUCAUCUUCAUCUUCACAAGAAGACCGUCCUAUCCCGGGGGAGCUCCUGUGCCUCAUCUGCAAGGACCUCAUGGUGGAUGCCGCCAUCAUCCCCUGCUGUGGCAACAGUUACUGUGAUGAAUGCAUUAGGACAGCCCUCCUGGAAUCAGAUGAACAUACAUGUCCAACGUGUCAUCAGAAUGCUGUUUCUCCAUAUGCUUUAACUGCCAACAAGUGUUAACUACAGGCUGUUAAUAACUUCAAAAAUGGACCUGGUUAUACAAAAGGAUGACAAAAACAGUUACCUCCACCCCAACCACAAAUACCACCACCAAAAGCCUUCAUUCAGCAUAACCAGCAGACUCUGAUGAGAACUCCAGUAUGGAGACAGCAGGAUCCUCUGAGGAUCCAAGUGAUGUCUUUCUCAACUGGCCGAGCUGCCUCUGUAUCUUUGAUAACUUCAAGUCCAUCUUCCUUGACUCCUUCUGUGUCUGGAAAUCCAUCUUCUGUCCCAGCUCUGGUACAUGAUUUGAUUGCGUCAGUGUCUAUACCAAUCCAUUCGGAAAAGUCAGGUGGUCCUUUUCAGGAUGCAGAUGAUAAAUUAUUACAAGCUUCAGCCGUUGAAUCAGAAUAUUUUAAGGGAAACUCCUCAAUUGCAACAACUACUCCUACUGAGGAAAAGGAUCACGAGGUGCCUGUCCUUGGAACCCCAUCUCAGUUGGCACAGUCAUCAUUGCAGGGACAGUGGAUCCCCACAACUGGUCCGGUAAGAAAAAAUGCUGCUCGUCCAGGUGGUUCACCACCAGGUUGGGGACAUUUCAACAAGCUUGGCUACCUGGUUUCUCCACCACAGCAAGUCAGAAGAGGGGAAGGAAGUUGUUCCAGGAGCACAGAGCAUGGGAGACAGCACAGCCAAAGAUCCCAGAGAGUGCAAGGCCCCUCACACCCAGCUUCUCUGGUCUGUGUGCCUGUUCCUCCAGGUGUCCCUCUCCCACAGUUCUCUUCUGGGUUUUCUCCUGACCAGCCCCAGACUUCAGGAUACAGUAUCCCUCCUCCAAAGUUUCCACCAGCUCCUACCAGUAUAUCAAAACCUUGGGUAUGGUCGUCAGGAAUGCUGACUGCUCAGCCAACCUCCAUGCCUACAAUGCAAUGUCAUUGA